UCCCUGCCCCGCCGACACCCCACACGCGAAGUCGUCGCCGCCGACGCCGCUUCCGUCGGUCCACCGGGCCGUUCUUGCUCUCUCCGCCCCGUCGGCAGUCUCUGGCAUCGGCUCUCCAGGGCUACUGUAAUAUUGUGAAGCACUAGAAAGGCAGCUGCUUCUGUAGAGUUGUUGCAGAAUGGCUUAUGGUGGAGAUGAGCAGCAAAGCCAAGAUUAUUUAUUCAAAAUUGUUCUGAUUGGUGACUCUUCUGUUGGUAAAUCAAAUUUGCUAGCCAGAUUUGCUAGGAAUGAGUUCUUCCCAAAUUCCAAAUCUACGAUAGGGGUAGAAUUCCAGACCCAGAAAUUGGUGAUUGAUGGAAAGGAAAUUAAAGCUCAGAUAUGGGACACAGCAGGACAAGAACGUUUCAGAGCAGUUACAUCUGCCUACUACAGAGGAGCGGUUGGAGCUCUUCUGGUUUAUGAUAUAACAAGGCGUCAGACAUUUGACAGUGUUAGCCGAUGGCUUAACGAACUGCACGCUCAUUCCGACAUGAAUGUCGUCACAAUUCUGAUCGGCAACAAGACUGAUCUGAAGCAUGCACGGGAGGUGAGCACCGCAGAAGGCAAAGCCCUUGCCGAGGCUCAGGGCCUCUUCUACAUGGAAACCUCAGCACUGGACUCGUCAAAUGUCACAGCAGCUUUUCAAACUGUAGUCAAGGAGAUCUACAGCAUACUAAGCAGGAAGGUGUUCCAAUCGCUAGAGCAGAAGAAAAGCGAGCUGCAAUCACUAAGCAACGGGAAAGCCGUUGUGCUGCAGAGUGACACCCCCAAUGAAACAAACAGUGGUGGGAGGUGGUGCUGUUCAUCGUAGAACCUGUUCCAGGAUCUGAUGACAAGAGAGGCCCUGUGGCAUGCAGAAGAUUUCUGAGACACAUCAGUGCACGAAGAAAUGAUGCAGAUAUGGUUAGUGAAAAGUUGUCCUGGCCUUCUUCUAAAGAUUUAGUUGGCCGAGGUUGGGUUGGUUGUAUGAAAAGUGUGCUUUCCAUUGGAGGAAAUCUCAGUGUAUAGUUCGAUUGGUCCUUCCGGGGGUAAUGAUAUACGUGCUUGCGUAAAGAGAAAAACUGUUUGACCAACUGGCUGUUGUGUCGUUCAUUUCCACAUCAUUCUAGCCCUAGACACCAUGCUUUUACUGUUCUUCGGGCCACGCUUGCUUGCCCUGAUAUGGUAACAUUUGGUCUAAGGUAGUA